AUGUCGCAGUCGACGGCCGCGGGAGCACAGACGGGCCAUUCACGAGGCGUCGCGGCCGAGCAGGCGCGCCCCACGCCUCCUGGCAGAGCCGCGCGCGAGGAGGAGCUGUCCCGUGCCGUCCGCACCCCCGAGCGUUUCCCAGAGUCGCCUUCCCCCGGGAUGUCUGCCGGAGCGGGCCUGCUGCACCUGCGCUGGGUCCUCGCUCUCGCUGUGGCAGCUACUGGAGCUGUCGUAUCAGCAUUGGAGGUGAUAGAAGGUGGGUCCGUGAGCCUGUCCUGCCGGUACUCGGUGAAGCGGAAUGGGCUGAACCGCGUGUGCUGGGGCCGCAGCUGCGGCACGCUCUGGUGCGGAGACAUCCUCGCACAGACCGACGGAGAGGGCGUCGUCUCCAAGGUGUCGGAGAGGUACCGCGUCGUGGGCGACGUGCUCUCCGGACAGGUGGACCUCGUCAUCCCCAGGGUCAAGCAGAAGGACAGGGGCUUGUACUGCUGCAGAGUGGACAUCGACGGGUACUUCAACGACAAGAAGGUGUCCUACACCCUGAGGGUCGUAAAACCUCCUGUGGUGACCCCAGCCCCAGUGGUUCCCAGGUGCGUUACCACCAGCCCUGAGCCACCUGCCCUCACAGAAAGGGUGUGGGAGGAGGAGCAAUCGAAUGUGGACAUUUCCAAAGGCGACUCUAAUCUGUCCAAGUCUGGAAUUGUAGAGGAGAAGCCCAUUCCCAGCCUGUCCCUCCAGGUGAACGUGCCCGUGCUGUCCCUCUCCCUCAGCCUGCUGCUGCUCCUGCUGCUGGGCUCUCUGGCCGUGCUGGGGUUCAAACGGAAGAUUCACAGAAGGAUCCUGAAGAGGGGAAGCCUGUCGACGGUGGAGCCCCGUCACAUCAUCUAUGAAAUCCAGACCCGGAGGCCCGUGGAGGAGAACAUCUACACCCUGGACUAGGGCCGCGUGCCCCACAGCGGACAUCAGGGCCCAGCAUCACAAAGCAGGAUCACCAAGUCAGCUGGAUAAGCGCACUUUAAAAGUCAUGGACUUUUAAACCUGGAUUAAAGUGAAAAGAGCCUUUACUCCGGUUAUCCAGCCAACUCAGUAAUCCUGCUUUGUGAAAUACCCCACAAGCCUGCAGAAAAAAAGGAAAAAAAGAUGGGAUUUUAAGAUGGUUUAAGCUGUGUUUUGACAUUUGUAGCUGGUCAUAGCUGGUAAAGCUGGUAAAAGCUGGUGGCCAAACUGGUGGGUUAGAAGACUCAAGGGUGCUCAGCUGGUGAGCAGCACGUCAAACGGCUGAAACCAGGUAGAAGUGUCGGUAACACAGCUUAAACCAUUUUGACCUGCUUAGACUGGUUUAAACUGGAAUUUUCAGCAGGGAGCUGGAGAUGACCGGGCCCUCCAUGAGACUGUGACACUGGCACAUAUACGUUGUGGCUACCCAUGACUUCUGUGAGCCAACCACAAAGGUUAAAAAAAAAGCAUGACACGGAGGGCAAAUAACUGGUCCAAAUAUCACUUAAGUAACAGAGAUGUGAAUUUAUUUGUAACUACGUAUAUGCAAAACUGUAAAUUGAAUGUGUGUUUAUAUCCUCAUAUAUCUUUAUAUUUAGUUUAUUAUAUUACAUUACAUUAUUGGCAUUUGGCAGAUGCUCUUAUCCAGAGCGACGUACAACAAAGUGCAUACCCAUAACCAGGGAUAAGUUCUCUGAAAGACCCUAGAGGGAAGUACAAUUUCAACUGCUACCUGUACAACAAAGUACAUAUAUACACAUAUGUACAUAUAUAUAUAUAUAAUAUAACAGCAAAAUAUCCUUGUGGUUUCUAUUAAAUGUCUAGGUUGUGGCUUUCAAGUUAGUUUUGCAGCCUUUUUGAAAAAUAAAAUUGGAGCAAAACAGUUUAAAUGUUAAUGUCUGUAUACUAAAUUGAUGUCAUAAACAAUAUGUUUUCAUUUAAUCACCCCAUUUGUCCCCCAUUUCCCUUAUUUAAAAAUAAUUUGACGUUUGGUGUUAUUUCAAAAUAAAAUUGCCAGUUUUUCUGGUGCUUCUUUGUAUUUAUGCAUUUUGGCAUAUUUUUCAGACACAUAUUCUUCUAUGUGUUGCUGCCAAUUGCCUAGUGUGAAUAUUUAACAAUGUCUUCUGUUUAUUCUGUGAGGCAAGCUCCAGGUCUGAGUCAGAUUGACCAUGUGUGUUUCCUUUUUUCUGCAUGUGUGUGUGUGUGUGUGUGUGUGUGUGAGAGAGAGAGAGAGAGAGAGAGAGAGAGAGAGAGAGAUAGUGAAAAAGAAGAGGGAGAGAAGAAUCCCAGGUAUUCUGAUUCUGAUAAACCAGUCAUCUGCAUACUAGUCUGUAUGGCAUGGUUCAUGUCGUGAUGUCAGAUCUGCGUUUGAUUCAUCUUGUUUUUUUCAUGGUGUGCACGAUUGUUUCAUUGAUUUAUCUGAUAUUGCUUCAUGAUUUGUUUGUUUUUUACCCUACCAGCCCCACCCAACAUUUAAUUCUUAAUUCAAAAAAAGAUCAACAUCCAUAGAUAUCAGGAUGAUCCCAAAAGUACUUUUUGUUAUAACUGUGAUUACAUAUCUUUUAGUUGAUUCAGUUGACAUAUUAGCAAGGAUUAAUAUUAGAAAUGUAUUUGUUUUUACUGGUAUCUAAUACAGCUGUUGCUUUUUGAUUACAUCCUGUACACUCCACGGGAUUUUAAUUAACCAAGAUAUUGGGACACAUUAAAUCGUGUUUAUUAUACCAAAGACAUUUGAGACUGGUUUUUUACUUUAUAACAAAUAUGUUACUCAAUUCUACUGUAGAAGACUUAGCUUUAUUAAAAUUUGCAGCUUUA